AUGUCGCAAGUCCGCAGACGGCCCAAGUACCCAGGAAUUCAGAAAGACGGGCAAGCUGAUGCGAACUCUGAGCGUGGUGGGGCUUGCUCUAAGUACUAUGACACAUAUGGCAAAAAACGACUUACCGGUGGGAUCAUGGUGUGCUGGUGUACACAUAGCAUAGCCUAUGGAUUCCAUUGCAUCCCAGAAAGUGAGGGGAGGAAUGACGUGUUCUCCGCAAUGGUCACCAGGUGGAAACGAGCACCAAAACGCGUAAUAUAUGAUUUCGCCUGUGCAUUGGGCCCAUACUGCAUGACGCGAGAGCCAGAAUUCUUUGCAGACACAAAAUUCACGAUAGAUGGGUUCCACGCAUAUGGGCAUUCACGGUGUUCAAGCUCUUCAUUUCUCAAAAGUUACAUGGAGGUGGAUUCUACUCUAGCAAGAAUCAACUCCAGCGCAGCAGAGUGUGGUAAUAGCGGACUGGGAAGAAUUCGAAAGUCAGUCAGUUAUAUGGGUCAGGUGAAUGCAAUUAUCUAUACCCGUGUUUUUUUGUCUGUCUGGAACCGGUUGAAAAUUCGUAAAAUGAAAGACAACAACCGUUUGUAA